AUGACUCCGGCAUCUUGGGAGACUUGCUCUGACGAGUUGCCGGAUAUCGAGGCGACAGAAAAUCUCCGAAGGUUUCGGGAGGAGAUGAUACCGUUUAUCCCGUACAUCUAUCUACCUCCUGAUACGACCGCUCUCCAGCUGCGAGACACGUACCCGUUCUUUUGGCUGGCUGUCAUGAGCGUGGCCUCCAAAUCGUUCAAAACACGAUCUUCUCUCGGCAAGCAGGCAAGAAAAAUAAUCGCCCAGAAAGUCGUUGCGGGCGAUGAGCGGAGCCUGGACUUGCUCUUUGGCAUCCUUACUUAUGUGACCUGGUCAGUUCCGUUUCCUCGGUAUGGAAUGGAUAAGCACUUCGCCUGCUUGGCAUCCCAGCUCGCGGUCACCUUGGUUUGGGAUUUGGGCCUUCAGCAGCCUCCGCCAGAACUCACCAGUAGAUCCUAUUUUGGCAUUCGCAUGCCCAUGUGCCAGCCACCGGCCAGAAAUGAACGCACCAUUGAGGAACGCCGAGCCGUCUUGGGCGCCUUCGUCAUUACUUCAAGAAUGUCGCAGACCUUCAAGGCGGCUGACGGGCUCCGCUGGUCGCCACAUCUAGACGAGUACCUCUCCUACCUUGCUCACAACAGCACUUUGCCACAGGACAAGGUCCUCGUUGCGCAAGUGAAAUUGCAGUUGAUUGUGAAUCAAAUCCAUUACUCGUCGUGGAAAACCAGUGGCGUAGAGAUUCCUCCUCCUUACGUGGACGCUCUCCAGUCACAACUUGACGACAUUGCGGGCGUCAAUGGAACCAGUAUCGAGUUUGAAAAGAACCCAACGAUGCUCGAGCUAUACCACUUCACCACGCUCAUCAUUCACGAAUCGGCGAUAGCAAAGUCGCCGACGUCCCGCCCCACCGAACCGGCCUUGCGGCGGUAUGAGGCUUACCAACGCCUUCUCAGUUGCGUCAAGGCAUGGCUGGACGCCUUCUUCUCCAUGUCCCUCGAGAUGUAUUACAUCAUGCCGUGCAGCACUUACUCGCAGCUAAAGUAUGUAAUAUGUUGUCUAUACAACAUCACCACGAGCAAGGACACGGCGUGGAACUCGGCUGCAGCACGAGAGGUGGUUGAUCUGACGGCCACCUUGGACAAGGUCCUACAUAUUUUCGAGCAGCUGCGUUCGCUGGACGAUGGAGGUGAAGAAGAUGAAGCCGUGUCCUUCGGCAUCAGGCAGUUCCAUGCCUUGAAGAUGGCAUGGCAGAGCGAGUUGGCAUCCAGAGACAGGGACGGUGAGGAUGACACGAAUCGUCAGGCUGGCAUAGUCGAUGGCGAUGCUACCCAUGGCCCGGGCCUUUCGCCUGGUUUGUCUCUGAACUGGGUGGACUACGACAUGCUCAUGCUGCCUGACAUGUCAGAUUUAUCGUGGCAAUAG